ACAAAGUAAAUGAAGUUGUUUAUAAAAAGUUUUAGUUUGACUUUGUGUAAAAAAGAUAAAUGUUUGUGAGACUCAGCCACAAUCUCCAGAGAAAUGAAAACAUCUCAGUGCUGUGAUAUUUAAGGAUCAGUGAACUUUAACGUAAGACGUUACAGACGAGGUUAAAGAGCUGAUGAGAGAAACAGAACGUGUCGUCGUACGCUGAGAAUAAACCGUUACGGAGGUGAGACGAAACAGACGCAGAGUUCAGGUUCUUCUGCGUAAACGAGGUUAACUGAUGAUCUUAACUGAAAUAUUUUGCUACCUGGAGCCUGAAUAUUGACUUAAGCGUAACUAAUGAAACUCAGGUAUAAUUUUACGCUACGUUCUUCUUCGAACGUCCUCGAAAAUUAGCUUAAAGAGCGCAGAUUUUUAAUGACAUUAAAUUUGUAUUAGUUUUCGUGCGUCAGCUUCGGUUUUGAGUCCAAACUCAGGUAAUAAAGAGGAUUCCAGCUGAAUAAUAAAGUGCGAUCUUUAGUAAUUUAGUUCCAGAGGACAAAGAGAAAGAGAACAGAGAGAGGGAAAAAAGAGAGAGAGAGGGAGAGAGAGAGGGAGAGAGAGAGGUUUUGUCCUGACGUGGAGCUCGUGUCUGUAUAUAAAGCAGUGUCGAGCGGUUCAGAGCAUCAGAGAGCCGAGCUGCAGAACACAACCGUCUCACUUCACCUAACCGGAGCCGAGCGCCGAUCCUCAGGAUGCAGAAGUGUAUUGGUGGUGUUUGUAUCUCGCUGGUGUUUUGCGCAGUCUUGACCGAGACGCUGGGAAUGGUCAUCGCGGCGAAAGAGAAGCGCGGCUGGACCCUGAACAGCGCUGGAUACCUGCUCGGUCCCCGUCGUAUUGAUCAUCUAAUACAGAUAAAGGAAGCUCCCAGUGCAAGGGGGAGAGAAGAGCUGCUUGGUGAAUAUGGCAUCGACAGCCACCGGACGCUCAGCGAUAAACACGGUCUGGCUGGGAAGAGGGACACACUCAUGGAGGACGACAUCAAAUCCGGUGCCCUGAGAAUAGCAGACGAAGACAUCGUGCACACCAUCGUAGACUUCCUGUCCUUCCUCAAGCUGAAAGACAUGGGCGCUCUCGACAGCCUGCCCUCCUCUCUCACUUCAGACGAAUUCACUCAGCCCUGAACCUCGGAUUUCUGUCCGCCCGGCGACCUGUGACCUGUGACCUCUGACCUGUGACCUCUGGCCAUCUGCAAGCGAACUGCGUCUGUGUUCUUUUUGUCGUGUGCUACACUGUAACUCCGCUGAUGGAUGUGAAGAAUAAAAGUCGCAUUUAACUCGUGCUGGUUUUCGUCCUUUUAUUCAUGAGCGUCU